AUGAAGUUAUCGGCAGUCGGAUUGAUGUUGAAUACGACAAGAAUAUCAGAAGACUCGUCGAUAGAAGAACGAAAAGGCUUCAGGUUCUUUUUUUGGAACCGGGAGAAGGAAAAGGCAUUGGCGGCGACGGUGACGGAAACUAGAAUUCCGACGAGUUUCGUUGCCGAUACAAAGAGUGACACAAGUGUCAUUUCCGGUCCGGCCAGAUUCCGUUCCCUCGACUUCGGCGAACGCAAUGGCUACCUGAAGGGGGUGGUGACUGAAAUCAUUCAUGACCCCGGCCGUGGCGCUCCCCUUGCUCGCGUUACCUUCCGCCACCCCUUCCGGUACAAGCACCAGAAGGAACUUUUCGUCGCCGCCGAAGGAAUCUACACCGGUCAGUUCAUUUACUGUGGGAAGAAGGCCAACCUUGUGGUCGGGAAUGUCUUGCCGCUCAGAUCUAUUCCUGAAGGUGCCGUCGUUUGCAACGUGGAGCACCAUGUUGGUGAUCGGGGCGUUUUUGCUAGGGCCUCUGGAGAUUACGCCAUUGUUAUCUCGCACAACCCAGAUAAUGGAACUACUAGAGUUAAGCUCCCAUCAGGGGCCAAGAAGAUUGUGCCCAGUGGCUGCCGUGCCAUGAUUGGCCCGGUUGCUGGAGGAGGUCGUACUGAGAAACCUCUUUUGAAGGCCGGGAAUGCAUAUCACAAGUUCAGGGUCAAGAGGAACUCCUGGCCCAAGGUUCGUGGUGUUGCUAUGAAUCCAGUGGAGCAUCCCCAUGGUGGUGGUAACCAUCAACAUAUUGGUCAUGCCAGUACCGUACGACGUGAUGCACCACCUGGACAAAAGGUUGGCCUCAUUGCUGCUAGGAGGACUGGACGGCUUCGUGGUCAAGCUGCUGCUACUGCUUCUAAAGCUGAUAAGGCUUAG